UGCUGGGACACCCCGUGUACCACCGGCCCUGCGCCCCGGGGGGAACCGUGUAUGACCCCGCCAGACUGGAGUGCAGGUGGCCCUAUGAAGUGUCCGGCCCGUGCCGAGCUUACACCGUACCAUCUAGCCAGACUGAACGAUUCUCGUGUGCGGGGAAGGCGCCCGGUCACUACCCUGAUCCUGACAGCUGCAGCCGGUACUACGAGUGUACCCUGCUCAGCAGUGAGCCGUUCCACCGGGACUGUCCACCUGGAGGCCUGGUGUUUGACGCCGGUAGACAGUAUUGCACCUGGCCGUGGAGCGUGGCCGGACCCUGUGGGGAUUACGGACAGUGAGGGAAUAUGCGCAGUUUUUCGAGACCCGUCGACUCAUCUCAGCUGGACUGAGGCCUACGUCAUACGAAGAAGUGAACUUAUAGUUUGUCUAAAAUUCUAAAUACCCAAAAAAAAUUCAUUUUGUAUAUUUCAUUCGUUCAUUAUAUGUAACAUGAUACAUUGGUUGCCAUUUAUUUGGAAUACGUGUGCAAUAUCCUGGGGGCAUUUGGAAGUUUCUAAAGG